AUGCAGUGCCACCAUCCUGGGCCACACCUGCGCACAUGCAAGGCUUUGGAGAUAGUACCGGCCGUGAUUAUAUGCUUAUUGAGCGUCGUUCUGCUGCACAUUUCCCGAGAUAGUGUCCUAACGAAGGAGGUGCAUGUCCGUUUCGCUAAGAAAUAUUUAUUGAGUCGUCAUCUCAUCACAGCCUUCAGGUGUCUACGUUAA